UCUGCCUCAACCUCCUCUGCUUCACUGAAAGCAGGAAACUACAGUGACGCUGUGCUUCUACUAAGGAUUGUGCUGCUCACCUGUCAGGAUCCACAUUUCAAACUGGUCUGCUGGAAGUAACUCUGAAUGGCAGAAUUUGAUUCACCUGGCUGACCUCAUUACAGCCACUACAGGAGGGAAGAUUAUUGAAGAAGCAGCUGAAGUUGGUAGGACCUAGGACAGUACCCUGAGGAACUCCUGGAGCUGAGAUGAUUGACCUCCAAACACCACAGCCAUCUUCCUUUAUGCCAGGAUAAAGUGUUGGAACAUGACUUUCCAGUAUUUGCUCAGAAGCUCAGGAAUUGCUACCUAAGCAAGGAUUUUGAGCUUGGGAGAUUCCAUUCGUAUCUGCCCCUCAUCUACUGGUUUAACUUGAUCAAUGGGAGUUCGGCCAGACUAAAGUGCACAUAGAGUAAAAUGACACAUCCAAUCAGGGAACCUCUUCAAAGGAGGAAGUCACUUGGGCCGAUGUCUCCAAAUGCUGCCAAGAGACUAUAUCGCAACUUGUCCUUCAGACUGAAGGGUGGUUCCAGCUCAGAUGAAGCCUGCCUCAUCAAAAAAAUAGAGAAAGAAAGAAGCAAGAAAUCUUCAUCCCUGAAUAUUCAGUAUGAUUCAAUCUUUGAUGCUGUGGAACAUGAAGAUCUUGAUGCAGUUCAACGGAUACUUGACCAGCCAGGCACACAGGAUGACCUGAAUGAGGUUACCAGCAAUGGACUUGUACCACUGGAUAUUGCUGUGCUAACUAAUAACAUCGCAAUGGCGAGCAUCUUAAUGAAUGCUGGAGCCAGGGAUAACCAUCAAUUCAAUGAAGGCAACUGGGACAUGCACCUGACCACUUUAGUGAGAAAAGCAACGCAGAAAAUCACAGAACUAUUGGAACUCAGGACCGAAACUUCAGAGGCUGAUUUCUACAGUAAGACCAGGGAACUCCGGACUUGGAAGUUCAGACAAAAGCUGUAUAAGCAAAUGAAAGCUGCUUUUGAGAAUGCAUAUGUCCCUGAUUCUCCAGAGAAAGUGUAUUUGUCAGUAAUUGGUAGUACAUCCCUUCGAGUCACAUUCCAGGAACCAGCAAGGAACAGCACCUUGAUAAUCACCCGCUAUAAAGUGGAAUGGAGUUACACCGAAAACUUUGAAUCUACUGUAGGAGCUGCUACUGUUGAGGAUCUGAAGACACUGCAGUAUGCAAUUGAAGGCCUCAACACGGGAACUCUCUACUACGUGCGUGUUUCGGCUUAUAAUGUGAAAGGCUGGGGACCAGCAAAGGUAUCAACUCCUCCCUGUGCUAUUCCAUCCAGUUGGAAGGAAUGUGCUGAUGUUAAAUUGAGGCAGAAGGACCAAAGCCAAGCAGUGCAGAAACUUCUGGAGCAGAUAAAGGCUCCUCGUCAUCGGAGCUUCUUCUUAGAAACCUGCACAGGUCACACACCUAGUAAGAAGCUCUCAGUCUCUCGCAGCCUAAAGUACCUCUUUCAAAACACAAGCAAGUUUGUCAAGACCCUGCAGAGGGGUGUGUAUUUAGCUGCCAUUUUUUUCUACAAGGAAAACAUCCUGGUCACAAAUGAGGAUCAAAUCCCUAUCGUCGAGAUAGACAACUCCUGUUCUGGCUCUGACAUGCAGGAAAUCCUCUGGUUUUCGAAGCUUUCCUGUAUGUGGAAGGACAUCCAGUGGUUGCAGCAGGGAAUGAACUCAGCACUCUCCUCCUCCUCGUCAGUGCUCCAAACCAGGCAGAAAAUGCUAUUAGCAGUGUCCCAGCUCCAGAGUGCGUUGGGAACACAAGACUUGGGCCAGGUGCACUUUGAACCAAUCAAGGACAAACUUGGGAAUGUUUUGAUCCUAACCAUCAAGGAGCUGCGGCCAUCCCAGGUGCUGGAGAAUGUUCGAUGGAUUGCACUUUCAAAGCUUCAUAACUAUCGGAAAUCUGUCUCUGCUUUUGAGAGCUUCACUGCCCUGGACAUGCUCUUCAUGACUUUGAAGGAUAAACUCGAUUAUCACCUGAGAGUCAAACAGGCCUUACCCCCAGGCCUCUACCUCGGUUAUGUAAAGCUCUACAGCUCUGUGGAUCAGAUUAAAGUGCUUGUCCCUUACAGGGUGCCCAAUGUGCUCUGUCACACCAAGAUACGGGACAACAAGAACGUAUCCAGGGAGGAGUGGGAAUGGUUGCGAAAUGUGUCAUCCUUGACCGAUUCCAUUGCCACAGAGGGGAACACAGAGAGCUCACUGUAUUCUUUCCUAGACGGGUUACGUACAGCUGUGAAAAGCCUCCUCCAACAACUGGACAUGGAUCUUGGUCAGGCUGCGGAUUUUCGCAUAUACACACAGGAAGUGUUGGAGUUUGGACAUGAAGUCUCCUUCCUCCUGUUGCUGCCUCCCUCGGACGAUGUGUGUUCAGCCCCAGGACAGGAUGGACAUCCCACAGGGUUUCUGACCCUGCCACUUCAAAUCUUUGAGCUUGUACACUUCUCAACCUAUGAGCAGGAGCUCUUUUCAAAGUACUGCCAGACUUCAAUUUUAUUGGAACUUGACUCAUUGCUGUCACAACAAGCUUUGAGGGAAGCUAUAGAUGACACUGAAUUAAUUGAAGCAAAAGAGAAACACGGACAAGUUACAGACCUUAUUCAGCAAUUGGAUGACAUUUGGAGGGAGGUCCGUUGGAUUACAGAUGUACUACAAUAUGCUCGGUACAGACAACCUCCCACUGGCACACCUCUCUGUUGGAUCCUGGAGAUUUCGAAUAUCGUGGGGGUAAAUGAGAAACCAGAAUCGGUCACAGACCAUGUGAAUCCUGCUGCCUGUCCUCCAGUUGAUGACAGGAAGAGGGAACAUCCAGACUGUAAAGAAAUUACAGAUGAAGAUGAUGUUUUCUGGCCAAUGGAGAGAGACUGUGAUUUGAAACUGUCCCUGAGCUCUGAUCAGCUGGUCUGGAUGGACCCCCAGCGCAGUGAGUACCAUCACUCCAGGACAAGCAUUGUGAUGGACACAGACAGUAAAAACCCACUGCAGCAUGUAGAUCUCCACAGAGGACAACACAGGUACAAGGGAGCUGACAGAGAGUUCCAUUCAACUGGGAGUCUGGAAUUUACAGAGCAGACACUGAAGGAAGCCAGCGUCUACAAGUUCUGGUCACAGCCAGGAUCAAUGGAUGAAGGCACCGAGGAGUUUGAUCGUGAAGGACCAUACAGUUUCACCAGUGAAAUUGUCCAACACAUCAGUCUACCUGAAUGCAGCCUGGUUGAAUGGAUCAAGACGUCACAGGAGACUUAAAAAUCCUAUUACCUUAAAGAUGGACUCACCAUUCCGAUGUAAAUUAUUUCCAACUCUGAGUAAAGAGUCUCACAGUAUCUUUAAGGUGUUUUUUGGAAAGUGUGGAGGGAUCACCCGGACAUUACAGUGAGUUAGAUACUAGCCUGUGUUCCUGAGACCUGCAGUCCAGUUCAGAUAGAAGGAGUCAGGCUCCUCUGUCUGUUGGUUAGGUGAGUGUGGGAGGUCUACUCGGGACACCUCAGUCAGAACUGUAAAAGGCAGAGGUUGGUAGUUGUUGCAAGUGGAAAUAAUCACACCCACCUUCUUCUCAAGUUGGGAACAGAGGCUUAUUUGUGGGAUGGAUUUGAAUGAGGUUAGCUCCUUGUCUAGCCAAGUUUUCAAAGGGAAAUGGACAUGGUUUUAGGAGCAAUAGAUCAUACAGGAAUCAAGAUGAUCAGUGUUUGAACAGCAAAAUUCUGCCAGCAGUUUGAUUUAUCAAUUAUUUAGUAAUCCCCAGCGUUUGUGGUACGUCUGUUCUUUAAUGUCAUCGAAUUGUAGAACAAUCAGCAAUGAAGGAGGCCUUUCAGCCCAUUGUGUUGUAUUAUCCCUUGAUAAAAGCUCUCCUGUUAGUCCCACACUGAUUGUAUGUUCCCCAUUGCCCUGCAAACCUAUCCAUAUUUAUUCAAUUCCCUUUUGAAAGUUCUAUUGAAUAUGCAUCCAUUGUUUGAUUCGAUUUGAUUCAUUGAUGCCACAUGUACCUAAGUACAGUGAAAAGUUAUGUUUUGUGUGUAGUACAGCCAGAUCAUUUCAUACAAGAACAUACAUAUUGUACAGUGAUCAACAACUUGUGCAGAUGUGUCAGAUUGCAUAAAUUGAAUCAAGAUACAUCAGUCUAUAACAGGUAUAUCAAGCCAUCUAAGGGGUAUGACAGAUUGCGUACAGUUUAUCACAACAUAUGCCGGGUAUCCAUUACCCUUUCAGGCAGCGUGUUCCAGAUCCACAAAUCGAUUAGCCCUCAUGUUGGCUGUGACUCAUUUACCAGUUAUUUAAUAUUGGCAGAGGGAUUUGGAGCCUGCAAACCAUGAACCCUGACAACAUACCUUCAUAACCCAGGCUCCUCAGUCUUUUUUGUAUUUGUUCCUUUUUGCUGGUUCACAUUUUGCCUGGAGGUCUGGAAGGAUUAAUGCUCUGUCUUCAUUGGUGGAUAAAUCAGAAUGCUUAUUAGCAACAACAAUAAGCUUUAUUUAUUUAGUGCCCCAAGAUCAUGGCAAUUCAGUUAUAAACUUCAUAAGUCCUUGGUUGUAUCAUUUAGCUCUUCAGGAAUGCAUAAUCAGCUGAUGUUGGAUAGUAAUUUUUCUCCACAGCACAUAUUGAUGCCCAUUCAAGUGGCACAUAUCCAAUUGCAGGGCUCAGAUAAUGUUAAUGUAAAAUGAGCAAAGAGUAGACCAGGAAAGCUCAAUUCCUGUUUUUUCUAAAACCUUGAACAUUCUUGCCUGUAGUUCAUUGAGAACUGCUGCCUGGCCUGCUGUGUGCCUGCAGCUCCACACUGUGUUAUCUUUGACUCCAGCAUCUCCAGUUCUUGCAAUUUGUAUGUUUAUGACCAAUUAUGUACAGUUUAUCACCACAUGUGGUUCUCUGGUUCUGUGUGUGGGGUUCUCUGGGCUUUGCACAACGAUCUUGGGGCUGUCUGUGCGGUUUCUGGACUGGAUCUUGAUGCACAAUCUUACAGCCAAGAUGCCUUUCACUGAACCACUUUGGUCACAUUACUUGGCUUUAAUUGGCUUAAUUUAUAAACACCCAUCAGCUAUUGUGUGUUAAAGAACCACUCGGGGAGUUCUGCAUUGCUGUAUUAACAUGCCCUUGUUUUUGUUUUCGGUGGCACCCUGCACUCAGUAUAUAAAGCAAAUAUUAGAUAUAACGAUAUCAUAGAAUCCGUACAGUGUAGAAACAGGCCCUUCAGCCCAACAAGUCCACACUGACCCUCAGAGCAACUCACCCAGACCCAUCCCCCUAUAACCCACCUAAGCUACACAUCCCUGAACACUCCAAGCAAUUUAGCUUGACCAGUUCACCUGCUGCAGGUCUUUGGACUGUGGGAGGAAACUGGAGCAUCUGGAGGAAAUCUAUGCAGACAAAGGGAGAAUGUGCAAACUCCACAAAGACAGUCGCCUGAGGGUGGAAUUGAACCCAGUUCCCUGGUGAGGCACCUUGUGAUCAGGAACCAUGGACAGUGGUGGUCAUUGGUCUAUUGUUCUUUCCACCCAAUGGCUGACCAGGAAACUGACCCUCUUACCACUUGUCAUUGACAUGUGUUGGAAGGAUUGAAAGUUGAUCCUGAAUGUAUUCGGCCAUGUUGUAAACAUACUUUCCUCAGUCAGGUCCUGGGGUGGGACUUGAACUCAGAGAUUCUGUCUCUGAGAUUAUGCCACAGGAUUGCCCUCAGAUGCCUCAACAAGUCAAUAGAUAAACAGGGAGGAGCAAUGGCAUAGUGUUGAUAGUCAACUAUCUAAUAAUAAGGUUGAGGGCUAUUCAAAAUGAAGAGGAAACUGAUUAGAGAGCACUGCCAAAGAGUGAGCACAUGCACUUUGGGCCAAAUGGCUUCCUACUGUGCUAUCUUUGCAAGAGAAGUUUCAUUGCAAAUGGAACCUGACAUAAUACAACAUAAUAAUUCAGGACAGUAACCAUCUUUGGCCAUGCUAUUCAUUGGUACCACACCUGUGUGCAGUGACAAAUUGAAUUUCACUCACCUCAUGUCAGGAAGGGGUUUGUUCUGCAAACAGGAAUAGAAGUAGCUGGAAGAAGGACAGGAAGGGAGCCCCAAAUCUUAGGACUCUGGCUUACCCAAGAGCAGGAAGAUUAUAGGGAAGUACUUAGAUUAGUUUAGAUUAGAUUCCCUGCAGUGUGGAAACAGGCCCUUCGGCCUAACAAGUCUACACCGCCCUUGGAGCAUCCCACCCAGACCCAUUCCUUUAUAACUCACACACCCCUGAACACUACUGGUAAUUUAGCAUGGCCAAUCCACCUAGCCUGCACAUCUUUGGACUGUGGGAGGAAACCGGAGCACCCGGAGGAAACCCACGCAGCCACGGGGAGAAUGUGCAAACUCCGCACAGACAAUUUUCCUAGAAGAAAUGGUUGCAGAGGAGGACAGUGCUUACGAAUUGGUUGCAAUGCAAAGGUUGCAUGCAGUAACUUCAUGUUGCUUUCUUAAAUCUUGCUGUCUUCAUCUCUGCUCACACAAUCAUCACCUACAGUUGAAUCAAUUCCACCCUCGGGUGACUGUCUGCGUAGAGUUUGCACAUUCUCUCUUUAUCUGCUGGGGUUCCCUGGUAAUCCGGUUUACGGCCACAGUACAAAGAAGUGCAGGUUGGGUGGAUUGGCCAUGCUAAAACGGCCAUCAUGACCCCGGCAUGUGCAGGCUAUGUGGAUUACCCAUGGGGAAUGCAGGGUUAAAGGGAUAGUGGAGGGGGAUGGGUCCGGAUAGGAUGCUCUUCGGUGGUUUGGUGUGGGCCUGCUUCUAUGCGAGAAGGAUUCUACGAUUCUACAACGUCAAUACUAGUGGUAACCCCCCCAUCUACUGUUUUUCUUCUCUCUCCUGUCAUCAGCAUACACUUCAUUCCAUUUCUUCCAUUUCACAAACUUAAUAUUGCUAUCUUCUUUUCCCAGUCCCCUCUCCAACUUUACCAACUACAUGCCAAUUAUUUGAGAGCAGCAGGAACAUUCACCAAGCACCUCCUGAGACUGUUACUAGUACACUCCUUUCUUGUAGAAGAUAGUUGCUUGUUAGGGAGCUCAUCUGUUCAGCCUCUCCGAUGGGGAAGAAUGCAUGGAUGAAGAGAAAGUCAUGGUUAUGAACUGUGGCAACACUUUGGCAGACAUUGAGAAUGGUGCCUACACACUUAGCCUCAUUUUUUGAUUUUUAUAUUACCCCACACUAUUUUCAUAAGCAUUCUUCUUCUCUCCAACCCACAUCCUGUUCUAUCAUUUUAGAUGUUGAAAACGUGGAGGCACCUCAACCAUUCCUUGUGGUUCCAAGUUCUACAUUCUCACCCACUUUCUGUACAAAGCAGUUUUUCCUGAAUUUUCUGUUGGAUUUAUUAAUGACUGCACAGCUCAAGAGGCCAUGCUAUAAAGGAAGCUAUAUUAAAACAUGAGGGAGAAAGAAAUAGAAGGACAUGCUGAUAGCUGAAUAAAGAUGGGAGGUCACUGCUCCUUUUGAGCUGCGUGUGUAAUCCACGCGGUGUGUAAUCCAAAACGUACUGCACAAUGUAACAAACAAGUGACACACAACUAACAUCUCCCUUAGGAUCUUAAAGGAACCAAUCAAGCUGGCACCACAAAGGAAAUGUAAAGGAACAUUGUUGGGUGGCUUGUAUGGAGCAUUGUGACCUUUGGAUGAAAAGAUCUCUUCCUGUGCAGCAAAUUCUAUGUAAUUCUAUGAAUAUAGGAAUGACUCAUCCCAGAUCAAGACUUGCAGUGUAGAAUCCAGUGCAGAACAUAGUAAUUUCAGCCUGAAAGUCUGAUUGAAUCCUGGUUGUGCACAGAGCUAGUUACCAAGUCAGCAUUCAGUGUGGUAAGGUUGGUUAUUAGAAGGAAAACAAAAGACAAAUCAGAAAUGGUUUAUUUUUCGAAGACUAGAACUGAGUUCCCAUUCAAUGCAAUAUACUGACAUUCAUAGUCUGUGCAAAACACACACAUGCAAACACUUUGACCAAAAUGUCACUUAAACGCGUUACCGAGGUAUCUUAGUAUCGAGACCAACAGACGAAUACAAGUCAAAUAACCGGUAAAACAGUUGCAAAUGUUAUUAAACAAAUAAUUAAAGUAAGUAGCUCACUCAACAUUUAAUCAGUGUCGUCCAAAACUCCCCAAAAAUACUUCCCAUGUCUGCUUGAACUCGGGAUGGGCUGGCGAAGCUUGCAAGGUUCAAUAAUCUCUCAGUAUCUGUGUCUUCUCUCUCUCUCUCCCUCUCUGUGUCUUUCUCUGCAGAAGUGAUCUCAUACCACCUGAGCUGUUUAGAUAGAGGGUGACUUUCUAUCUUUGGUGUAGUGCCUCUGUUGGUGGAGUUUCUGCUGCUUUCCCAAGGCCAAAUCCAGGGUUAUAUACCUUUCUGGAAUAUUCGCAGAAAGUUCUGUCAAACCCUCCACUCAGAGCACAGUCCUUAAUUGUCGGAGAUAUUUUUGAUGUUUCAGUGUAGGGAUAACAAUCAUGUCUUUAAUCGUUUACAUUCCUUCCUUUGAUCAUGGCAUAGAUGAUGAAGGCCACGUGCUGUUCUGUCCUGAGGAAGGGUUCAAAUGUAGAAGUGCUGUUAGUAUCUAUCAAGAUCAUGUAUCAUGUCUGUCCAUUAACACAUGCUUGAGUUAGAAAGCCCUCGUUAGCACCCUUGUGUUGUGGCCUAAUCAAAUCUGCGUCUUGUCUGGAUUCUGCAUAGAGUAUAUUUGGCAGAUUUUUAGCCAAUUUCGCUUAAAUCCCAUUCAGGUUGGUUGGCCAAAGCCCCAACAGCCAUCUGGCUACACAUUAACAAAUGCACAUGUAAAGAAUGCUUGUUUGGAGCUCAGAACAACCGACAUCCUGAACCUCGUAGGGAGUAAAUAUCUUUAUAGCAAAAGGGAACAAACCAGAGGAUUUCUUUUUGAAAGAUACAAACUGCACAGCAUCAUGUUUUAUUAUUCGACUAAGUAAUGAACAAGGCCAGUGUUGGAGCACUGUUAGUCUAUGACUGUGGACCAAUUGAUUAAUUUAUUGCUGUCAUAUAUACCGACAUACAGUGAGAAGUGUUGCUUUGCAUGCAGUACAGGCAGAUUGUACCAUACAAACUGCAUCAGGGUAGCAGAACAGAAUGCAGAACACAGCAUUAUAACCACAGAGAAGGUGCACAGAGGUCGGGAUCACAAUUAACAUUUGAGAGGUCCAUUCAAAACUCUGAUCGCAGUGGGGAAGAAGCUGUUCUUGAAUCUAUUUGUACAUGUAUUCAAACUUUUAUACCUUCUGUUUGACGGAAGAGAGUAGAAGAGAGUAUAACUGGGGUGGGAGGGGUCUUUGAUUAUGUUGGUUGCUUUCCUGGGGCAAUGGGAAGCAUAGAUGGAGGCAAUGGAUAGAAGACUGGUUUGUGUGAUGGACUGGGCUGAGUUCACGACUCUGUAAUUUCUUGUGGUCUUGGGCCUACAGUUGCCCUACUGUCAUCCAGGUAGGAUGCUUUCUGUGGUGCAUCUAUAAAAAUUGGUAAGAAUCCUUAUGGACAUGCCAAAUUUUCUUAACCUCCUGAGGAAGUAGUGACAUUGUUGUGGUUUCUUGACCAUUGCAUCAAUUUGAGUGGACCAGGACAGGUUGUUGGUGAUCAUCACUCCCAGGAACUUGACGUUCUCGACCACCUGCACCUCAACACCAUUGAUGCAGAAUGGGUCAUAUUGUUGACUUUGCUUCCUGAAGUCAAUGAAUAGCUCCUUCAUUUUGCUGAUGUCGAAGGAGAGAUUGUUGUUUUUACACCAUGCCACUAACCACUCAAUCUCUUACCUGCAUUCAAUCUCAUCAUUGUUUGAGCUCCGAACUACAACAGAGGUGUCGUUAGCAAAUUUAGAGUCACAGAGUUAUACAGCAUGGAAACACACCUUUCGAUCCAACUCAUCCAUGCCGACCAAGUUUUCCAAACUGAACUAGUUUCACGUGCCUGGAUUUGACUGUACCCUUCUAAACCUUUCCUAUUUAUGGACCUGUCCAAGUGUCUUUUAAAUGUUGUAACUGUACCUGCAUCUACCACUUCCUCCAGCAGUUUAUUCCACAUAUGAACCAUACUCUGUGUGAAAAACUUGCCCCGCGGGUCCCUUUUAAAUCUUUCUCCUCUCACGUUAAAAUUAUGCCCCUUGGUUUUGAACUCCCCCACCCUAGGGAAAAGACCUUUGCUAUUCACCUAAUCUGUGCCCCUGGAAAUAUUAAUAAGUCACUCCUCAACCUCAUGUACUCCAGUAAAAAAAAAGUCCCAACUUAUCCACUCAAACCUCCAGUCUCCGUAACAUCCUUGUAAAUAUUUUCUGCAUCCUCCCCAAUUCAAUUAUAUCCUUCCUAUAGCCAGGUGAUCAGGACUGUACACAGUAUCCCAAAGGUUUUCUGUCUCCUAUUUUCUGAAGAAAGGAAAUACAUUCAUUAUCUUUCAAUUUAAUCCCUGAAUCAAGUGUUUUAGAAAAUUGGAACUAAUGCAUCAACUACCUCACUAGCCAUUUCUUUUAAGACCCUAAGAUGAUAUUCCAUCAGGACCCAGGCAUGUGUCAGCCCACAGCUUCAAGAAUGUACUUCACACCAUUUCUCUGGUGAUUGCUGUUUUCUUAAAGUACCUCACUCCCUUCCAUUUCUUGAUUUAUCAUUCUUUCUGGAAUGUUACUUGUGUCCUCUAGUGAAGACUGAUGCAAAAUACCUGUUCAACUAAUCCUCAUUUUGUUAACUCCUUUCCUCUUCAAAUAUUUAUAGAAACUCUUACUAUCUGUUCUUAUGUUUUGUUUCCCUCAUGCUUUAAAUUGUUUUCCUCUUUAUUGAUUUUGUUGUCAUUUUUGGUUGUCCAAGUGCAUAUCCAGGUACUUUAUUUAAACUGAGGAGGGUUUUGGUUAAGAGUUCCAGACCUCCAUCAACUUCUGGGAGCAAAAUACUUCUCCUUAAUUCCCAAAGAGUCCAAAGUAUUGUUUUAUCUACUGCUUCUAGUUAAAUGAUAUCUCAAAGAAACUGAAGAGGAACCUGGAAGUAGAGGGUGGAAGGAGAGGGAAGAAGCGUGGGAUGAGCCAAUUACUGUGAUCUGCAUUAGAACCAAAGCUGGAAAUGAAAGGAAGGAAAUCCUGCUCAGGGAAUAUCAGAAGUCAGAAACUAAAUUCAACAAUAAAGCUUCGUGAUUGCUAUCCAAACCACAUGCUAAAUAGAUUCCUAGAGUUGUACAGCAUGGAAACAGACCCUGUAAAUGGAGCUGGGGCAGAAUCUGGCUGCACGGUUGUGAGUACAAAAGGAGAGAUAAUUGGUGUCCAGCUAACAGUGAGCAAACCAGUCGACAUUCAGCAAAUCCUGUCAGCACUGUAUGUAGACUCAGGUUAUUCGAAGGCAUGGUGUCUGCAGGAACUGACAACAGGAAGGAGCUGACUGUGAGCCAUCCUCCCUCCAAUGCCUUUAACCCUCCUGCUCUACCAUGACCCCAUCCUCACAAUCCCCAUCCCAGCCUGCAGCCUGGGUCCCUCAGCAACCCUGGUAGUUACCACUGCUCCCAUUGGCACUGCUCGCAGUGCACAACUGCCAACCUCUGAUUGUCCAACAGCUGUCAGGAUGGGUAGGGGUCGGUUGGUAUUUCUGCUGUUGAGACUCAUUGGCCUUAGAGAAGGUUCACUGCUGGCUGGCUAAGAACCUGAGAAACAUGCCAUUCCAGCAGCACUUACCCACAAGCGGUAAUGUGGGGCUCUCACCAGCUCUCCAGCAGACAGACAGGACCCCUGUUACUUUCAUUUAAUAGGGAUAGUAAUACAAUGUGUAACUGAGUUUGAAUGUAACCAUAAGGAAUGACGGUGCGAGCUUGAUAGCUUGAAUUUUUUGUUUCAUUCACUCUUGGGACAUUGGCAUCGCUGGCUGGCCAGCAUUUAUAGUCCAUCCCUAGUUCCCCUUGAGAAGGUAGUGGUGAGCUGUCUUCUUGAACCACUGCAGCCCAUGUGCUAUAGGUAGACCCACAGUGCCCUUGGGGAAUUCCAGAAUUUUGACCCAGCAACAGUGGAGGAAUGGCAAUCUACUUUCAAGUCAGGAUGGUGAGUGGCUUGGAGGGAAAGUUGCAGGGGGUGGUUUUAUCAUGUAUCUGCUGCCCUUGUCCUUGCAGGUGGAUGUGGUCAUGUGUUUGGAAGUGCUGUCUAAGGAUCUUCGGUGAAUGACUUACCCUAUUUCUUAUUUUCUUAAGUGUUUCAUGCUAGUGACUACACUUAAUGUGAUCUGAUCCUAGGUGUAAGAGCCCCAACUAACAGGGCUGCAGUCAGACUGUCAGCUACACUUUAUCCUGCUUGUGUCCUAUCCUUGUUGCAGUGUUGGCUAAUAAAUUGUGAAUGGGUCUCCUCCCAGCCACCUAGCAUUGCCAGCAUUAGUUAAUGUGUGGCUUUGGGACAAUUAAAUGUGUAUGAUGGGAUAAGUUAAUCUCUGCUCAUAGGAAACAAAAGCUGGAAUAAGGUAUUCAGCCCCUUGAGUCCGUUUAUGGCAUUCACAAUCACAGAGAUCAUUCUGCCUAUUGUGUCUAAAUGAGCACCUGCCCUAGUGCCAUUCCCCUGCAUUCUCUUUCUCUAACCCUGCACCUUCUUCCCUUACGAAUUACCACCUAAUACCCUCUUGAAAGCCUCUAUUGAACCUACUUCUUCCACACACUUAAGCACUGCAUUCCAGACUCCAUCCGCUCAUUGCGUGAAAGAUUUUUCUCUCAUAUCACUCUUGCUUCUCUAACAAAUUAAUUAAAAUCUGCCCCCUCAUUUUUGAGGCUCAGUCUCCCCCUUUACUCUCUCAAGACCACUCAUGAUUUUGAAUCCUACAACCAGAUCUCUUGUUAGCCAACACUUCUACAAGGAUCAUGCCUGAUCUUCUCCCUCAAUACCAGUUUCUCCUUAUUAACAACACAUCCCUUGAAAUCUUUAAUAUCUAGAUAUCUCAUUAAUGCCCCUAUCAUUAUGUGGCAUGGUGGCUCAGUGGUUAGCACUGCAGCCUCACAGUGCCAGGGACAUGGGUUCAAUUCCAGCCUCAGGCGACUAUCUGUGCAGAGUUUGUACAUUCUCCCCGUGUCUGUGUGGGCCCCCUCUGGGUGCCCCAGUUUCCUCCCACAGUCCAAAGAUGUGCAGGCUAGGUGGAUUGGCCAUGCUAAAUUGCCUGCAUUUGUUCAGGGGUUUGUGGGUUACAUGCGGAUGGGUCUGAGUGGAAUGGUCCAAGGAUUGGUAUAGACUUGUUGGACCAAAGGGCCUGGUUCCACACUGUAAGGAUUCUAUGUUCAUUACCAAUGAGUUUCCACUGCACUGAAAUAUAUUGUUUGGUUUCUACCCAUCACUUUUGGAAUACUGUGCGCAAUUCUGUUCUCCUGUGAUAGGAAAGGUGUGAUGAAACUCGAAAAAGUUCAGAAAAGAUUUACAAGGAUGUUGCUGGGAUUGGAAGAGUUAUCCUAUGGGGGUGGCUGAGGCUAUGUUCCCUGGAGUGUCAGAGGCUCGGGGUGACCUUAUAGAGGUUUAUAAAAUCAUGAGGCGCAUGGAUAGCUGAAUUGUCAGUGUCUUUUCCUCAUGGUAGGGAAGUCUGCAACUAGAGGGCAUAGGUUUAAGUUGAGAAGGGCAAGAUUUAAAAGACACAACUUUUUUAAGCAGAGGGCAGUGCAUGUUUGAAAUGAGUUGCCCAAGGAAGUGGUGGAGGUGGGUACAAUUACAACAUUUAGAUGGAUACAUGAAUAGGAAGGGCUUAGAGGGAUGUGGGCCAAAUGCUGGCAAAAGGAACUAGAUUAUUUUAGGAUAUCUGGUUGGCAUGGAUGAGUUAGAUUGAAGGGUCUGUCUUCCUGCUGUACAACUCUAUGCCUCUAUGAUCUAUCCUCAAUCACUAACACAGGAACAGUUCAGACCCCAAAUGAAACAGAAUGAUAAUCUCCUAUUGUCAAAUUAUUGCCACCUGCCAUUACACUGCCUGGGAUAAGGAACCCUUAAAGGAUCAGGACGUCAUAGUCACUAACACAAUAUUCAGAGAGCGCAGCGUUGCCUGAAAAUCACUUGUUGUUUACAUUAGUCAUUUCAAUGCAGAGGAUUCUGAUGCAACCAUCAAUCUCUUCAAUCCAUCUGACUUUCGAACAUAAGGUGAAAUUGUCUGUAAAUGCCCAGUUACAAGUCCUUUCUCUGAGAGGUGCUGUGCUAACUGCAUCAGAAAGUCGUGGUAGCCGAAGCAUACUGUGCUAUCUGGCGUGGAAGUGAGCUGCACUUACCAGAAAUAAAUCUAGUCAUUACCCAUUAGUUCCUGUGUGAACAUUGUAACUGCAGAUAAACAAAAGGAUUAGAACUGGCUGUGAUACACCCUAUCGUCAAAUAGUCUACUAAUAACUCAUUGCCUGCACAUGAGACAGCUGCUUAGGCAGGGUACUGGAGGAUAGAUCUGCCCGUGAAAUUCAUAAAAUAUUCAUCAAUGCCUCAACUCAUUCACAGUGAUUUCCACUUGGUGCAGACCACAGGGUGGCCCUGUGUAACAAACCCCAGCCCCCCAAGCAAGGAGGCCAUAGUGGAGAGCAGUGACAAACUAUUUUUGCAGCUCAGGUUCUAAGUGUGAAUAUUGUUCUCAUCAUAAUCUACCUGUAAUGGGUACUUUAGAUUCUCAGCUGCAACAAGAAUGAAUUUUAAUACAAUCUUUUGUUAAUCCUUAUCUGUCCUGAGGAAAGCUUUUAGAACUUAGCUUUGAUAUCAUGCAGUUGCCAUGCCAACAGAUUGUCUCGGUAAUGUCAGGUCAAUUGCUAUGACAUCAUUGGAUGUCACAGUGUCACCAUGAUGUUACUCCGUUGUUGGGGUAUUGUAACUGGGAGCCCAGAGCUGAACUUGCUCAUGACUGCACUGAGAUUAUGUUUUAACAGGCAAACGGCUCACAAGAAAUUUUGAAAUUGUUUGAUUGUGGGAAUGAGCUUCAACCACACUGCACAAACUCAAAAUCAUGACCAAUGAGAAGGCAUUGUAUUUAUGUUUACUUUAAGAUGCUUCAGGAAAGUUCAGCAGCUUGAACAAUAUCUUAACUUGUCAUACUGUUACAUAGAGCAUUGGCAUUGCCCAUUUUUCUUGCCUUGUCCAAACAUUGCUUCCCUUCAUUUACACUUCCUUUGUGACUUCCGCUGGUGGUGAGACAUUGCGAUGUGUUGGAGAAUCAAAGCAUUCCAGAUAACUGCAGCACAAGGUCAACACAAUGAUGGAGAUGAUGGUGCCAAUAAACAAUAUGAUCACAAUAAAACUGAAAAUAUAAAUUGGGUCAUUCAUCAUUUGGGUGAAGUGAGUGACCAAACCCAUGAAGAUUGAACUGUUUGAGAUUACCUCCAUGUCUUCACAGUUGUCCCUGUGGUGACCAGGAAAAGCCCCAGAAUGAGUCUCCAAUGGCAACUACUCUCAUACAGAGGGAGCAAUGAUCUUCCCAGUUAGUAUCAAUUGGGAUAGGCCAUUGCAACCACUUAGCACCUAGCUGAUGAUGCUGGUUACUAUGACAACAAAAAAAAUCAGAAAACAUCAGCUGAUCAAUUUGUCUCAGAAAGAAAUUUCCAAGGGGUCGUCCAUAAUUGUCAGUAUUUUUUCAAGGGUACUGCACUUUGGUUGAGGGGAAGAGAUGUGAUUUAAUCUACAUAGACAGUUUACAGACACACAAGCCUUUGUGUUUUACAGUUAGAUUCUUGAGGAAUGAAAUCCAAUGACAGGGAAGGGUGUGAAAACCAAAAGAAAUGACUGUCCCUAACCUGGAGCAGAGAGACACAAUAGGUUGUGGUCUUUAGAAGCCUGAAUUAAAGCAAAAAAUUGAAGUUGUUGGGAUUCUAAAACAAAACAGAAAAGACAGGAGAAAUUCAACAACGCCGGCAGCAUCUGUGGAGAGAAACAGCAUUAACAUUUCAAAUCAAAUAUGACUCUUACUCAUAACUUUGAACUUCUAAACCUUCCUCUCUCCAUCCUCAAAAUGUUGUAAGUUGGAAAGAAUCAUUUAUUUAUAAACAUCUUUCAUGACCACAAGAUUUCCCAAAAUACACCUCUACCAAUUAAUUACUCUUUAAGGGUAGUUACUGCUUCAAUGCCAGAACCAAAUUACAAACAGCGCGCUCUCACAAACAGCUCAUGAGAUGUGGCCAGUUAAUCUAUUUUGGAUUAAUGUAGAUUAAUGGAUAAAUACCCCAGGAUUCAUUGCACCAUGUACUAUUCUCAUUCUCUCCCACUCAUCUACUCCAACAUCUCACCUCCUUAUACUGUAGUAUUGUACAAAACAAUGUCAUCAACAGUUCUCGAAAUUUUAUCACCUGGUUCCAACUACCCAACUCUGUUGAACAGCCUUUUUGCUAACCCCUAUUCUCCAGGGUUGUUUCAACCAGAUUAAUAUAUAAAGUUACUUGCACUAGAGCCCAGGGAAUAGUUUUCAAUUCCUAGAUGGUCCAAGCUGGACAAUCAUGGAGGAUUAGCAAUAGUUAAAUGAACAACGGGAUUGGUACUUUUACAUCGGGACCAUGAAAGUUGACUGGUCUGAUAAUGCUGAUAGCUCUUACAGGAUUGGCAUGUCCUGGGCAUCAAUUGACUCCUGCCAUGAUGUCACCAGCAAAUUUGUCAACCUGUCCCCUUCCCUUUUAGUAUUCCAAUGGAAAGAUUCAUCUAAGACACAAUGGGCUUCAAUAACUCCCCUGUGCUGACUCCCCAUCUCAUGGCACCUUCAUGUGCCUGCUCAUUUACACUUCCUAACAAUCCAGGACCCUAAAUGAAACAUUGGUUUCCAAGUGCAUCUUUCCUGUAUUCCCUGCUCAUGAAAUCAUCUCCUAUACGUGGAGGAGAUGGCUUUGUUGACCAAUUCCAUAGGCAUCCCACUGCCUGCCAUUUUGAUUUUGUAUUCUUAUUCAACUCUGACCUUAUUGUUAAUUCAACACUUAAAGCUUUCUGUUCUUAAUAAUAAUUUCAACCAUUUCAGAGCAUCACCACCACUCUGUUUCUUCUGCACCGCAGCUUCUCUGAUUUUUUUCCUGCUCUGGACCAAUCUUCUGUCGUUUCCUUCUCCCAUGUUCCCAUCAAUGGCCAAUCAAGUGAUAGUUGCCUCUAUUAAAGGAGGCUUGCUGAAUUCUGAGAGCUGGCCUUCCAAUCAGAGGGUCAGCAGUGGUCACAAGAAACCAUCAUGGCUGGGACUGCAUGGGCAAAAUGAAGGCAGCUUGAGGACCUUACAAAUGAGUAAGUACAAGUUACACAGGAUGGUGCAGUUGCCCUCCCACAGCUGGCAAUAUACCAGUAGAGGUAGGAAAAGGGGCCCUUAGUUGACUGCUUAAGUGGGCAAGCCUUCCUUACUGUGGCAAAUUGGGAGUGGCAGUAAGAUGUCAGGGACACACCUGCACCUUCCCACCACCUCACACACACACCCGCCUCUCACCCAAGGCCAUUUAGCUCUGCUUCUCUCCCCGUCAGCUGCUACCUGAUCUGAUGCCAGUUUCCACCAGUGUUUUCUUUCAGUAUCCCAGUUGUCUUUUGCUGUUGUGCAAGAACCCAGCUUCAACCAAUGUUAUUGAAACAGGAAAGUGGGCCAUUUAAUUUCUAUGCUCUUGCUGUGGGUAAAUUCACUGCAGCUUUCUGUUUUAGUGGCUGCACAUUACUGGCUGUAAAGCACUUUGAGAUUUCAGAUGAUGCUAGGUAAUUACAAAUAAUUCCUUCCUACCGUAGGCAUUGGGUGCGAAUAUACUGACCUGUGGCACCACCAUGAAUUAACAUACAGUUAAUGCAGCUCUAGAUGUGUUCUUAAUCCAAUUAUUCUCACACCCAUAUUUUGGGAACCGAAGGUAUCUUGUUGAGCACAGUGAUAAAGCUGGACAGGGUUAUUUUGUCUGUGUUACUCACUGUGGAAACUAUUAUCUAAUAAACUUGUUUCCAACAGCCUCUCAAGAAUAUGUGCAGUUUCUGUGAUAACAGAACCAGCUCCUGUUAGAGGCCAUGCUAUAGGAUGAGGUCAUUCAGUUCUUCAAGCAUGCUAUACCACUGGAACUCCAGGUGACUCAACAGGGCUCAUGCUUGACAUGGCUGCAGGUUUUUUUAAAACUUCAAAGCAGAUCUAACAGAAUCUCCUAAACAGAGAGGUUCUUGGCAAUUCCGUACUUGGAAUGCCUGGAGAUUUGGAUCAGUGCAGAGCACAGAACAAUAACACACCAAAACAUUGUGGGGUGAUGGUGGUGUAGGGGACAUACAUGUUAGUGGAUUGAUAAUCCAGGGGUCCAGACUAGAACACUUGAGGGCAUGAGUACAAAUUACUCCCAUUCCCAUGAUAGCUGAGUUUUGGUAAUUAACCUGAAAUGUCAAAGUAAUGUCAGUAGUGGUGACUGUAACACCUAUAAUUGAUUAUUGUAGCUGUUUAAGUUCAUGUGGUUAACAGCUCAGAUGAAGGCACUUGCAUUAGAGGUCCCAUGACUACAUCAUGCCAAUGAGUACAUUGACUGUAAUUGCGUUUCUCUGAACGUGUCCACUUUUCAGAAAACAUGGCAAACAAAAUUGCAUGCUCUAUUGUUUUCAGUUACAAAUUACUCAAUAUACAUGGUCACAAAGAAAAUGAUCAUUCAUUAACACAAAGUGUUAACUCUUAACCAUCCCUGCUAGGCCUGAAACAUCAGCCUUCCUGCUCCUCUGAUGCUGCUUGGCCUGCUGUGUUCAUCCAGCUCCACACCUUGUUAUCUCUGGAAAUAACUUUGCAGUUUUACCAAAAUGUUUCCUAACCCAACCUUAUUGCAGGUCACUUCACCUCGAUUUUGACACUGAGGUCUUGUUACUAUUUCUGGCUUCACUCAUUUUUUGCUGUUGGAGAAAUAGUUUGGGUGCAAUAUGACGUUAAUCCUUCAACUGGAUUACUUUCCUCGCUUUCAGUCAGUGAAUAUGUCCACUUAAGGACUGCCUUGUACAGGUCUGCACUGGAUCUGCCUAAUUACUUCAUGAUCCUCAGCCUUUCCAUUUGACUGGGGACAGUAUGGAGUUGAUGUUUAUUGUUGAAUUUCCCAAUCUUUUAUGAAAUUUCUGAAUUCUUCACUUGUGAAUUGAGGGCCAUUGUCACUCGUCACAAAGUCUGAAAUGCAAUAAUAAAUGAAGUCUACUUUGAGGCACUCUACAAUUUUACUGGGAGUAAUUGAUGUCAAUGCAAUUCCAGUAGAAGGUGUCCUCACUUAAAGUUAAGGUUGAGUUCCUGUGACUUUAGACAAAAAGUCUUUAAGUCAAGCAUUGAUUCCUGAACAAAAUUAAUGUAAAAACCAGAGUUGGGUUCCAUAGAGCCCUCCUUAGCGGAGAAAAAAGCAUUAAACAUUAUAACUGCACCGUAAGUUGAAAUGCAAUACAAUCUGUACCUAAAGCGGCUAAAUUCUUAUACUGGUAAAUUAAAUAGCUGCAAAAAUAAAUUCUAAAAUGAAAAGAAAGAAUGGACCAUUUUAUUUACAGAACCUCCCAUUGAGGGCCCUCUGAAAGUGGAGCUGGGAGGCUGUUCAGGAUUUGUACAGGAACAGUUCUUUGCUCAUUAAGCUCCCAGGCUGCUUGCUGGAGCUGUCACUGAUUCCUGGCUCCACCAUAACCCAGGCAUGACUGUAUCUUUAUUGUGGGUCACUGUUAUUCUUACUGACUCCAAGGUCUGCUCAGAACACCAUGUGGUGGGGCUCUGCUUCUUGGCUAACUGUCCGGUCAUGGCCUUCCUCUGGCUCUUGGGUGUGGUCGGUUAUAGCUGGGGUCAGUGGCAUUUCCUCCCCUGACUGUAAGGGGGCCGGGGUGACAGUGUGUUUUUGGUGUGCAUACUGGGAAUGCUGGGAGCUCCUGGAUUUUGUUCUGGCAUGAGUAAAGAGAGGGUGGUGCCUGCUCAUGACUGUACAGAGUUUGGCAACUCUCCUGCAUUGUUCCAUCAGCUAUAGGGUGCAGUCUGCUGCAGGAGUCCCAAAAUUCUGGCCACCAGCUCUUGGCAGAAGGAGGAAGGUGGGGCUGCCAAACGUGGAGAUGAACAGUUCUCUGUGGACCAGUAAAUGUAGCUCUGUCAUGUUUGGGUGUGUCCUGGUGUCAGUGGUGACCUGCGUUAUCUCUAGGCGAAUGAUAUUGGGUGAAGACUCCCCAUCGAGGAGCUCGAGCAGUGGUGUAGCCACAGGUUGGAAAACAUAGAGUGGAGUCAAGUCAGAGCGAGAGAGAGAAAUGGUGGGAGUUGGUUCAGGAAUGUAGCAUCUCCCAGUCAACAACGUCAAAACAAAUCUCGUGAUGCUCACAACCUUUCCAGACCUAUUUAUUUAAUGACACCCCUAAAAUGGGCGGCAGUAAAUGAGGAUUCCCUCUCGUCAGCACAGGCAAGAUAAUUGGUUUCUUUAAAAUUGAAGAGCUCUACUCCCAGCUACAUUUAUGGGAUGCAAUGUGUCACAAACCACUCUUUAGCUUGUUUAGUUUUGUAUUCAUUCCAAACCCUGUGUUAGCUUGUGUGGUCCCAAGUCUCAUUGCUUACAUAAGCCAGUAGAGCACUUCUCAUGCCUUCCUCAGACUGGACUCAAUUCCGCGAUAACUUUCCUGGAUGUGCUUCAACAUCUUUUCUCACAUUUCCUUCAGGAUAAUGACUCUAAUUCCUUUUUAGAAGAUACUGUUUUGGUCACCCUGAGAAAAAAACCUUUCACCUUUAGAAAAUGCAACAAAAGUUCACUGGAUUGUUUUCUGAGAUAAAGGAAUCUUUUAUAAGAGGAGAGAUUGAACAGGCCAGGCCUAUAUUCCCCAGUGUCUGGAAAAAUGAAACUUACACUUGGAAGCAUGAUUUACUAUCGCUACAAAG